AUGGUCAAAAUGAAGAAAUCGUCUGCCCAGAGGAGAAUACUUCACAAUCACUCGGGGUCAGCAACGUUCCCCAAUGAGGUGAAGGACAAGCGAAUCCAGACAACCACGCCUGGAGAAGAGCUUCUUAAUGCAUUAUCAAAGAUGCGACUUGAGCCGAAAUACAGCGAUUUGACCAUUCUGUGUUCGGAUGAAGUUUAUGCUGUGCACAAGUGUAUAGUCUGUACUCGAUCGGACUUUUUUGCCAAGGCCUGUGAUGGUGGAUUUCAAGAAGCCUUGAAGGAUGAGGUCAAUUUACAAGAAGAGCCGGCUUUGGUUCACGAGAUGAUUGAAUAUUUCUACACAUUGGACUACCUAGUGAACCAACCUCUCUCGCUGCCUGACAAUCCUCAAUCUAGCGAGGCUCCUUCUACCAACGCCUCGGAGGCCCAAAAUGUUUCCGCGGAUGAGGCUCUUGCUUGUCAACAACCAGAAGGGAGCGAGGAUCAGGAAAAUGCUAGUCAACCUGAUGACGCACCUAGGAAUCCACCUGCCACGUUUGAUCCUUUAUCCUUUCACAUUCUAAUGUAUUCCCUUGCAGAUCGAAUGUUUAUCGAAGGCUUAAAGGCUUUAUCAAAUCAAAAGGCUGAACGAGAGCUGAUUGAUCGGUUAGAUGCAAACUCGUUUCCGCGCGCUAUUUUUGAGAUAUAUAACCCCACUCCUGCAGAUGACCGAGGCCUACGAGAUAUGGCGGUGAAAGUGACCAUGGACCACCUUACAAUGUUGAGGAGCGGAGAUGAAGGGGUUCCAGUGACUUUCAAGAACAGUUUGUUGAAAAGCGUUCCGCAAUUUUGCUUUGACUUGCUCGUGGCAAUUAUGGAUAACAAGAUGUCAAUUUGA